AUCAUGGAUGCUUCAAGGAUAAGACAGAUAAUCAAGCGCUUCCGAAUCCUCAUCAUCGGAAGAGCGAAUGCAGGAAAAACCACCAUCCUGCAGAGGGUUUGUAAUACACGCGAGAACCCAGAAAUAUAUGACAGCGCCGGUAAAAAGAUGGAUCCCGCCGUGUUAAUGGCAUCCAGAGAGCGCGGGGUGCACAACAUCGAGCAUGAAAUGGUGUUUCGAAGCAACCUGGGAUUUGUCUUUCAUGAUUCACGCGGAUUUGAGGCAGGAGGACAGUUUGAAUUCGACAAGGUGAAGGCUUUUAUCGCAAGCCGUUCUAAGGCGAGACGUUUGAGUGAUCGAAUCCAUGUCAUAUGGUACUGCAUUCCGAUGGAUGAGGAUGGUAGGUCUUUCACGCAAGCGGAAGUCAAGUUUUUCUCCCAGUGCGACACUGGAACCAUUGCAGUAAUAGUGUUGUUCACUAAAUUCGACGCUCUGUACGACGAUGAAUUUGCAGAGCUGACAAGUAAGGGAGUAUCGAGAAAAGAUGCUCAAGCGCUGGCUUCGCGGCAUGCUGAAGAAGCAUUCGCCAAUGGGCCACAACUAAAGCUUUUGUACAAUUGCGAUGGCAAACAACCUCCGAGAUGUCACAUAUGCCUG